AUUUGCAUCAUAUUCCAAUGGAUGUGUCUCGUUUAACAAUAUAUAUGAUUCUUAUAAACGAUAAGUUGCCACGUUGGGCAUAGAUUCUAAUAAAAUUAGUCAAAGCAUUUCGAUCUUUUCAUUUGUUACAAGUUCAAAAUAGUAAAGUGAUGCGUUAUCAUUCUCUUGGAAUGAUACGUUGACGUAUUUAAAAAGAAAAAGUAACCAAAAAGAAAAAAACCGAUAUAAAAACAAAUAAAAUAAGGAUUAUAUAAAAACUGUGAGAAAAAUAUAAUAUCGUGAUUUAAUUCUACAAACUGUACGAGGAAACCUAUAUAGGGGAAAGAUUGAAACGAUGAAGAUAAAUUAUAUUCAGUUGCCUGUAAAAAUACAUUACUUCUUCUUCAUGGGAGCCAUGGGUCCUAUACUUCCUUUCUUACCGGUAUAUGGUAAACAACUUGGCGUUUCACCUUUAGUUAUGGGUAGCGUUACCGCGGUACUUCCAAUUUUAUUUCUCAUUACCAAACCAAUAUUCGGUUUCUUAGUGGAUUAUUUUUAUAACUGGAGGAAAUCGAUAUUUGUUGCUUUAUUAACAUUAACAAGUGGUUGUUAUAUAUGUAUAUAUUUUGUACCGGCAAUAUCGAAUGAAGUUUCAAUCAAUUACAAUGAUAUUUCAUGUUCGUCGUUAUAUGACUGCGAGUUUUAUGAUGCAACAAUGUUGAAUUGCGUAAAGAAGAAAAAUGCAACGUGUCGGUGGAUAUGCGACAAUGAAAAUAAUAAUUCGUCUUUCGUACGAAUGAAUACAGAGGAAUCAUCGAACGCGUUUUGUUUUAUCGAUGUAACAAGAGUCAAUAAUUGUGCAAUAAAUAAUAAUAAUAAUAAUAAUAAUAAUUGUACGAAAACAAGUCUGGUUUUAGAGGAUAAUUAUAAUUUGUAUAUAUCUAUGACAUUUUGGAGUUUUGUACUUUUAAUGUCGCUUGGUAACAUAGGUUUCAACAUUUCAAAUUGUAUCAGCGAUGCAAUUUGUUUCGAUGUAUUAGGAGAAGGCGGUCAAAUGGGAUAUGGCAGACAACGUGUUUGGGGUACUGUAGGUUUUGGUAUUUCUGCCUUUUUAGCCGGUUAUGCCGUAGAUCUAUGGUCUGAGGGAAAAACUAUAAAGACAUAUACGCCCGCUUUUAUACUCGUUUUUAUUUUUACCUCUGUCGACUUGCUAUGUUGUACGAAAUUAAAGUUACCUAUUAUGUCAGGAUCUACAAACAUCAUGAAAGACGUUUAUAAUCUAUUGAAGUCGAAACCAAUAUUUAUAUUUUUAUGUUUUGCCACACUCGCCGGUAUUCUUGACAGCUUCAUGAUUUACUUUUUGUUUUGGUACUUAGAGGAUCUUUCAAAGGCUACAGGUUAUAUGUACAAAAUUAAAUUAAUAGAAGGACUGAUUGUAGCGGCUCAAACAUUAGGUGGCGAAGUAAUAUUCUUUUCGUUAUCUGGGAAAAUAUUGAAAAAAAUUGGAUAUGGAUACAGUUUUGCAUUUUGCUUAUUAUGUUACGCUAUACGACUUACACUAAUAUCUUUGGCAUCAACACCUUGGUGGGUCGUACUUAUUGAGUUCUUUAUGCAAGGUCCAACAUAUGCACUUUGUUAUACAACUAUAGUUGCAUAUGCGAGUGCAGUGUCCCCUCCAGGAACAUCAGCCACCGUUCAAGGAAUUGUCGCUGGAAUGGAUGAUGGUUUAGGUUACGCAAUCGGUAGUUUAUUUGGUGGAAUUUUGUAUAAAGAAAUGGGAGGUGUGAUUACUUUACAAAUUUUUGCUGCGAUAGCCAUGUUGUCCGCGUUAAUCUACAUAUUUUUACAUAUUACUUAUCUAAAACACACGACGCCAGAUACUCGAAAAGAAAUUGAAUGGAAAUCACCGGAGGAUGCAAAUAUAGAAUGUAUUGUUGCUGAGAAAUAACAGUAUCAUAACAUUUUUUAAAAAUAUAUUUACAAUAAAUACAUAGAUAUGUAUGUAUGCAUAUACUCUGACAAUGUUUGUUCGUAAUAACAAGAUUGUAACAAGGAUAUAUUAUUUUUUUAA